UCUCUUAAAAAUUAUUUUCUAUUUACUUUUUAAUUGUUAAUCUUUUUUGUUUUUUCUUUGGAAAUUUAAUUGUGACACUUUUGAUUAUUUAGUUAAUCUGUUCUUUCAACAAAAUUAUUUUCUCAUGAGAACGUUAAGAUUAAAUUAGAUUGGAUGGAUUUCAUUUCUUCUUCUUCUUCUUCUUCAUCUUCCUCUGGUUCUUUAAUAACAACAACUUCAUCAUUCCUGACAACAACAAUGGGAUCCAUUUUUAAUUCCCACCUUUUGUUUUCUUUCAUUUUGACGAAUAUAAUUGUUUUAAGAGCUAGUCACCUUGUAUCUACAGCUGAAUUAUAUCCAGAAUCUCGACCUAAAUGUGAGGAAAUAGUUGUCCCCAUGUGCCGAGGAAUUGGUUAUAAUAUGACUUCCAUGCCAAAUCAAUUUCACCAUGAGAAACAAGAUGAAGCGGGUUUGGAAGCUCAUCAAUUUUGGCCAUUGGUAGAAAUUAAUUGUUCAGAUGAUUUAAGAUUUUUUCUAUGUUCCAUGUAUACACCAAUAUGUAUGGAAGACUAUCAUUCAAGAUUACCUGCCUGUCGAUCAGUUUGUGAAAGAGCUAAAUCUGGUUGUGCAACAAUUAUGUUACAAUAUGGUUUCCCUUGGCCCGAAUCUAUGGAUUGUAAUAAUUUUCCUCCUUAUGGUUCACCUAAUCAACUUUGUAUGGAUCAAAAGGAAGGUGCAUCACCUUCAAUUUCAUCUUCUCCACCAUCUUUGCCACCAUCAGUAUUUGUACCCUCCGUUACUCUUUCACCUCCUUUAGUACCAACAACUUCAUCUUCCAAAUCAACCAACAAAACCUCUCCUUCUAAUAUUGGUCCGACCAAAUUUUCUGAUUUAUUUAAUGGAAAAUCUUUUGAUAAAUCUAGAAAUGGAUGUAAUUGUCAAUGUCGCUAUCCAUUGAUCACUAUUCAUGAACCAACGGAUCCUUUCAGAAUAAUUUCUACUGGUGGUGUAGUUAAUUGUGCUCAAUCUUGUGAUUCGAGUCCAUUUUUCUCGCAACAAGAUCAAUCAAAAUCACUUCUUUUCAUUUCUUUAACGGCUUUUCUUUGUCUGAUAUGCUCCCUUUUGGUUGUUUGUACCUAUUUUAGCGAUCGAAGUCGAUUCUGUUACCCCGAACGGGCAAUAAUCUUUCUCUCCGGUUGUUACAUUAUGAUUUCCAUUGGAUUUCUCCUUAGAUACCAUCUUGGUCAUUCGGCUAUUGCCUGUGAUGGUGGUAUAUUACGUUACCCUGGAAUUGGAAUUCAGUCCAUAAAUUGUAUCACCGUUUUCAUAUUCAUCUACUUUUUUGGUAUGGCUGCAUCUCUUUGGUGGGUCAUUUUGACCUUAGCUUGGGUUUUAGCUGCUAGUCUCAAAUGGUCAACGGAAGCAAUUGAAACUUACUCAUGGAAUUUUCAUAUUUUCGCUUGGGGUCUUCCAGCAAUUAAAUCAUUCUUUGCUAUUUCUUAUAUGGCUGUAGAUUCUGAACCAUUGGCUGGUAUCUGUACGGUGGGAAAUCUUAAUCCUAAAUAUCUAAUGUACUUCAUAAUUGCUCCUCUUUUAGCCUACUUAACUUUAGGAAUUUUAUUCCUACUUUUUGGUCUUUUUUCACUAAUGCGAUUACGUCGAUCAAUAAGGAAACAUGUUCGCCAAGUUACCGAUAAAACGGGUCUAGUUAAACUGAUGGUUCGAAUAAUCAUCUUUUCAAUUUUAUACAUUGUACCAACAAUUGUGGUCAUUAUUUGUAACAUUUACUUAUACACAAACUCAUCAUCCUGGGAGGUGAACCAUAACUGUCCAUGUAACAGCGCUUCAUUGGAAACACCUUAUGUUACCAUUCAUCUGUUCAAAUAUGUGAUGACCCUUGUGGUGGGUAUAACUACAUGCUUUUGGAUACUCUCAUGGAAAACCAUCAAAUCUUGGUGGUAUUGUACAGCGGGGAAACUUUGCUGUUGUUGUCGUAAAGAAGCACCAAUACCUCGAGAUCCAUUGAUGGGAUCAACAGGAGGUGGAAGUAGCCAAUAUAUUGUAAAUAGUCAACGAAGUUACAAACAGAUCAAUCAAAUUGCUCACUCAUCAGUAAGUGGAGGACAACCUCACCGGAAGAUUUAAAUUUUUGUCAAGUUUAAUUAAUGUAUUUCUGGUCUCAUCAUCAUCGCCAUCUUCAUCUUCAUCACUGCCAUCAUCUCAGGAUCUCAAGAAAUAUUAGACUGAAACAUUUUCUUUCCAAGGUUCUAAUCAUUCCAAUAUUCAUCUAUGGGCCAGGAAUUAACUUCAUCAACGAAUUAAACAAAAUGGAUGGAAAAAUCAAAUUAGAGCAAUUAAUUCAUUUUUCAAAUACAGUAUCAACUGUAGCUCUAUCUAAAUUUUGUCAUCCAUGUACUCAUCAUCAUCAUCAUCAUCAUUAUCAUCAAUUUUGGCUUUUAUCUUAAACACUCGACACACGAACAUUUCCAAUUUCCAUUAUUAUCUAUGUGUAGCUUUGGAAUCCAAUUUAUUUCUAAAUUGUGUAAAUCUUAAUUUAUCCAUUCAUUUUUCAUCAAUUCCACAAUUAACAAAUUCUAUUAUCAAAAAGAUA